AUGACACAGUUUGUUCAAUUAUUGAUGUGUUUCCUGACAGCACUGACGAUGAUGAUGAUGAUGAUGACGAUGGAGGCCGAGGCGACGUUUGGGCCGUACAGAUUCAUCCAGGACAAACCUGCAGUGAGACACAGACCAGUGACCUACAGCAGACCUGCACAUGGAAACAACAUCAACUUUGGAGCUUAUGCCAUUAACCCCAGGUUUUACGGGAAUUUCCAUCAUCGGCCUCCUUGGAAGUGGCCUGUGUUUCCUCACCAGCGCCCCGUGUUCCCCGUCCGGCCUCCAGCUGUGCCGGUGCUGCCUCCAAAGCUAGCGCUAACCAAGCCAUGCAUCACAGUGCCACCCACAGUGCCACCAGCAGUGCCUGCUCCACCUGUAAGCACUACUUCGGCCCCUCCUCCCACUUUACCCACCACCACACCCACCACGAUGCCCUCCACACUGCCGCUCAGCACCCCGAGUGCCACCACGCCCCCUGCUGCUCCUCCCACUCAUCCAGCUCCGGCAGCGGUGUGCAAGAGCCGCCCCCUGGACCUGGUGUUCAUCAUCGACAGCUCUCGCAGCGUCCGUCCUGCCGAAUUCGAGAAGGUCAAAGUGUUCCUCUCGGACAUGGUGGAUUCGCUGGAUGUUGGAGUCGAUGCCACACGUGUCGGACUGGUCAACUAUGCCAGCACGGUCAACAUCGAGUUCCUCCUGAAAACAUAUGCCAAUAAAGCGGAUCUCAAACGAGCUUUCUCUCGAGUCGAGCCGCUCUCCACCGGCACCAUGACCGGCCUGGCCAUCAAAACAGCGAUGGAGCGCACUUUCACUGCUGAGUCUGGCACCCGUCCGGCCAAUAAAAACAUCCCGAAGGUGGCCAUCAUCGUGACAGACGGACGGCCGCAGGACAAAGUGGAGGAGGUGUCGGCUUCGGCGAGGGCUGCUGGGAUCGAGAUAUAUGCCGUCGGAGUGGACCGGGCCGACAUGAAAUCUCUGCAAGCUAUGGCGAGCCAGCCGCUGGACGAUCACGUGUUCUACGUGGAGACGUAUGGUGUGAUCGAGAAGCUUACGUCCAAGUUCAGGGAAACUCUCUGUGGUAUCGAUGCAUGUGCCCUCGGACACGACUGCGAGCACGAAUGUGUGAACAAUUACAACUCUUACUACUGCAAGUGCAGAGACGGUCAUGUGCUUAACCCAGACAAGAAAACAUGCUCGCAAGCCAAGGAGGCUCGCAGUGAUUUGGUGGAGGACGCAUGCAUGUGUGAAGCUCAGAUCGCAUUCCAGAAGAAAGUCCAUCACAGUAUUAAAGAGAUAAACGGCAAACUGGAUGAUCUCUCGAGAAGAGUCGAUCAGUUCCAGCUGCGCUGAAUCCACUCACACACACGACGCAGUUCUCCUUCGCUAACACAUGGCGAGUCGCCGCUCUCCGGUCGCCGAGUCUCAAGGAUCUGCUGCUUUGCUGCAUUUAUUUUUAAAAAUGUAUCCAAACUGAAGUAAGCCAGUACGAUUUCUGACGACUGAAAGCCUAUAUAAAAAGUGUGUGUUGCUCUUUAGUGACUCGUUAAUGCUUGUUCAGUCUUCUUUUAUUUUGUAAAAAUAAAAGAUUUAGAGAACCUUA